AGGUUGCAUUAUUCUUCCAUUUUUGACUUUCCCCACUGGAGAGUGUAUCAUUACCAAAUUGUCGUUAACAUUACCUCCAGUCCUCCGCAAUACGCCCAUAUGAAGUCCAUAUGAAGACAGUGAAUUAUUAUAUUUUCCCUCCAAAUAGAAAAUCAUCAUGAUCCGUACAGUUUCCCCCAAUCAAUAAGCCCUAGACCCACACAUUCUUUCCAGUGUGAUAUUUGAGUUGUAAAUACUACCUCUUUUGUCUAGUUUUGCUGCUAAUUAGGUUACUAUGUGUUCACGAGGCGACGAUGAAGAUGACGAUGAUGAGAUCCAAGAGAACAAGAAAAAUUUGAAUCCUCAAAUUGAUAAUGCGGAGACUGAAUUUAUGGAUACUCAACCUUCUCCGUUACUGCUUCAAGGAUAUGAAUCGUAUGAUGAUGCGGUUACUUUAGAAGAUGCUGAGACUCAAGGGGUAUGCCUUGCUGGUGAGACUCAAGCAUUGUGUUAUGAUGGUGAAACUGAAGCAGUUGAUGAUGUGGAUUGUGCAGAAGAUUUGUGCACCCAAUUGUUUGAUGACCAUGAUACAGAAGUCGUGGUUGAUGUUGACGAUGAAGGAGCCAAGAGAAACGGAGUUUUAGAUGACACUGAGGCGUUGUCUGAUGUUGACUGUGUGGAAAGAGUUGACAAUCAUACAGUGGUUCAAGACAUAAUGCUGCAAACCUGUCUGCAGAAACAGGAUGAUGGUGAUUUUAAAGAGGUUGAGAACACUGAAGAGUGUGAUACAGCUCCAGUCCUCGAAGGAUUUACAUCACUACGUGUAGCAUCUAUUAGGUCUUCUGGUUUGGCUGCUCGCAACAUGUCUUUGAGACGAACUAAUAACACUUCAUAUUACAGUAUGAGUAGCAGUCAACAUGAAGUAGAGAGUAGCGGGCCAAGCGUUAUUGACAGUUCAUUAAAAGUUUUGGGGCUAAUUGAUCAAAGGCAUAGUCUGGAGGAGCUUGAUGAUAAAAUAAAAGGAUCUAGUAGUGAAAACAAGUGCAGGGUUGGCAAGUCAGCAGUUAGGAAAUUACUAUAUGAAGAUAUGUCUCAUGAGGAAGGGCUUGAUAUAAAUACUAAUAACACUGAUAAAGAAGAAAACUUCCCCCCAGUCUGCAAUUCUGAUAUGGAGUUGGCAGGCCUGAGCUAUGUAGAUUCUCAAGAGCCCGGAGAGGCUUCACAAACUAUUGCUCUUGACUUUGUGGACCAAUUUCUGAAAGUUAAUGUUACAGAAUUAGAUCAAGAAGCUGAAAUUAUACGGUCAACUGGGGGGAAAUUAAAGCCUCUCCCAGGUGCUAGAGGAACCCAAUUUCUGGCUAAACGUGCUAAUCGCAUUGGUUCAGCAUCUGGUGGGACAUUUGACUGGGAUGAUUAUCAAGAGGAUGGAGGGGGUCAGUUUUUAAGAAAAGAGAAAGGAGCAUUUUCAAAUGAUGGACGCAGAGCUCAUCAAUCCCUUCCCAAAUCUCAGGAUCUAAAGCAUCUGAAUCCAAAUAAUUGUUGGUCAGUCAAAGAAAACGGUGAGAAGGGAGAGCAACAUGACCUAUGUAACAGUGUAGCUGGCUUAUUUGACUCCGAUUCAAAGUUACUUUUGCACAAAACAAAAAAGAUUGAUGAAUCAAUGAAGGUGGCAGGAAAGUUCAUUGGACAAAAUCUAAUUAAAAAGUUGAAUGAUGCCAGAGAUGGAAUGGUUGAAACAGGUACUCAAAAAGAUAAUCCAGACAUGCUGGACAUAGGAGUUGAUACUCAACUGGCUGCUGACGCAAUGGAAGCCUUGUGCAAUGGGGUAGGUUUGAAUGACGAAGAAAACAAUGUUACUAAUCAGGGUGCUGAGAUCCAUUUUCUUAGUAAUGAAAAAGGAAAUUUUUUAAGAACAUUAGUGUCAGAUAGAGAUUUUGUUCAAAAAAGAGCAUCACGCUCUCCAGGAUCUGCACUCACUACAAGGCAAACGAAUCAAACUAAAAGGUAUGGUACUGGAUUGACUAAAGGGUUCUCCAUUUUAUCAGAACAGCAGUCCAGAAAAGCUAGGAAGCAGUGUGACGAGACUGAAGAUAUGUGCAACUUACACUGUGAACUUGUUGAGAAAAGUAUGAAUGAAAAAGAGUUGGAAAGAGGUGUUAUUGGUGAAAAUGAAAGAUGUGUUGUUUCUGCACCAAGUGGUAAGAAAACAGUGAAAAAAGGGUGUGUGCAGGAGCAGCUUAAUACCUAUUUACCCAUUGCUUGUCGUACUAGGCAGAAGGCAUCAACUCAAACACAGAGGGAUACCAAAACAUCCACCAUCUUAGUAAAGGGGAUAGAUAAUUUAAGUGCCCCUAUUGCUCCUAAAAGGAAAAGGAGCAGGGCUGCAAUAAACACACUUGCCCGAAAAAACUGUACUGAAUUUAAAUUCAUCCAACCUGCACACCCUAAGAAAACAAAAGUAACACAUACUGAGCCAUCAGAUUUAAAGAUAUGUGGUACUGGUACAAUCCAAAAGGGUAAUGUUCAUCCAAAGCCGUCCAAGGAGGAGAUAAACGGGAUGUCAAAUUCAAAAAUAAAGUUCACACAGAUGAAAUCAGGCAUAAAGAGGAAAAUACUGGCAUCUGGGCAGUCGCAAAAAGAAUUGGUGGAGGAUACUACUGUGGACCAUAGUCCUAACCACCACAGUGCCAUUGGAACAUCAGAAGAUUCAGCUGUGAUUAAGGCUCAGACAGCUGAAUAUACUAUUGGAAAGAGUCGCUCAGCUAUUACUGCUGCUGAGGGAGCAAAAUUGAAUCCAUGGUCUAAAGAAUCACUAAAGGACAUAUGUACACCAAAAUCUUCAGCUUAUGUGACCCCUAAUAUAUAUACAAAAUCUGUAAACAAAGCCUCUCCAGUGGGUAAAGAAUAUCACAAACCGUCAUUCAGGAAAAAGCCAUUAAGUUCACCACUAAAGAAAGAAGAUAGCAGAAUAAUUGAAGAUGGGCCAGAAUCUGCAUAUACAUAUAAAGAGUUGCGUAAGAGGAGAGAUAUAACUAAAGUUCAAGUCUUGUUCAGUCAGCACUUGGAUGGAGAUGUAAUUAAGCAGCAGAAGAAGGUUUUGUUCCGGUUGGGAGCUUCUGUAGCAUCGUCAGUUUCAGAUGCUACACACUUCGUAGCUGAUGAAUUUGUGCGCACAAGGAAUAUGUUAGAAGCUAUUGCCUUUGGAAAACCAGUGGUGACACACUUUUGGCUAGAGAGCUGUGGACAGGCUAGUUGUCUCAUUGAUGAGCGAAACUACAUACUGAGAGAUGCUAAAAAGGAGAAAGAGAUUGGCUUCAGUCUGCCAGUUUCACUGGCACGUGCAUGCCAACAUCCACUUUUACAAGGGUGUAGGGUCUUCAUCACGCCCAACACAAAGCCUGGUAAAGAUAUAUUGGCAAGUUUAGUGAAGGCAGUUCAUGGCGUGGCUGUUGAUAGAAUUGGUCGAUCUGCAGCAAAGGAUGAAAUGGUUUCAAGUGAUUGGAUCGUUCUUUCGUGUGAGGAAGAUUAUGCAGAUUGUGUGCCCUUCCUUGAGAAAGGAGCAUCAAUUUACAGUUCCGAGCUACUUCUAAAUGGUAUAGUUAUUCAAAAGCUGGAACAUAAAAGGCAUCAACUCUUUGCUGAGAUAAGAAAAGAUGGCAAUGAAUUUAAUCUGGUGGGUUAAAAGCAAAUGAUAUUGUUUUUUCGGUUUUUCUUGUGUGUGCCCAUGGGCACAUGCUAAGCACUAAAACCUAUAAAUUUGGAGAGUUUUGAUUGGUUUACCCUCCCUAAUAAUGGUGGACCCCCCUGCAGUUACAACAACCACACCAAUCAAAACUCUCCAAAUUCAUGGAUUUUUGUGCUUAGCAUGUGCCCAUGGGCACACACUAGACAAACCCUUGUUUUUUAUCCCACAUAUUUGUUUUUUUUUUCUUCCAAUUCUUCAUCCAGCUUUCUGCACCAUUCUUGGCUCAAACAUACACAUAGGAUACCUGUACGUUGCCUUGCCUUGCUAGAUUUUGGUUUCAGUUCUUAACCAUGAUUAGUCUUUUCAAAGCCUCUAAAUAGGUUAUUUGUUUUCUCACAAAUUACGCACCACCUUUAUGGUGAAAUAAUUUCGUGCUUAAGCUAUGCUUGCACACUUACUCUAGAUACACACAUACCCUAACUUAGCUUUGUAAUAUAAAUAUAUAGAAGUUAUGAUUUGUAAUAUUUGUAGUUGUAGUAGUCGUUGCAGCAAAUCCUAAGGUUUGAUUUAUAGCACCCUUCAAGGUUUUAUCAAUAAACGAUA